UUCCGUAUUUCAUAUUAAUAUGUAGUACAUCUUAAAUUAAUCAAAUCGAAAGUCGAAACCCAAACCAAGCAGCAGCCAUGGCCAACAACAGAAACCAAAGAUGGUCUCUCAAGGGGAUGACCGCUCUCGUCACCGGCGGCAGCCGCGGUAUCGGGCGAGCCACGGUGGAAGAACUUGCAGAAUUUGGGGCCACCGUUCACACAUGCUGCCGAAGCCAGGAAAAUUUGGACAAAUGUUUAAAAGAAUGGGAAGAAAUGGGUUUGAAAGUGAGUGGCUCUGUAUGCGAUGUGCAAAGCAGAGAACAGAGGAAGAAGCUGAUGGAAACAGUGUCGUCUCUGUUCAAUGGCAGCCUCAACAUUCUGGUGAAUAAUGCUGGGACAACGUCGGAGUUGAAGACGGCGGCAGAAGUAACAGAGGAAGAGAUUUGGAGUGUAAUGAAUACAAAUUUUGAGGCAUCGUUCCAUUCUAGCCAACUUGCAUAUCCAUUGCUGAAAGCUUCUGGUAAUGGAAACAUUGUGUUCAUAUCCUCUGUUUCAGGAUUGAUGGCCCUUCCUUAUUCUACACCAUAUGCUGCCUCUAAAGCUGCCAUAAAUCAAAUGACAAAGAACUUGGCAUGCGAGUGGGCGAAAGAUAACAUCCGUGUAAACGCAGUGGCUCCAUGGAUCAUCAGAACUCGCUUUGUGGAGCCUCCCAAUGAUGAUCCAAUAUAUGUAAAAUCGAUGGAACAACUAUUGUCAGUAACACCUCUUAAACGCGCUGGGGAACCACAUGAAGUUUCGUCAAUGGUUGCAUUUCUUUGUCUUCCAGCUGCGUCAUAUAUUACUGGACAACUUUUUGUUAUUGAUGGUGGCCACACUGUCAAGGCUUACCCCAUCUCCGAUCUCUGAAACUAAACUAAAUUAUUGCUUUUCAAAUCUCAUUUUCGUCUUCUACUCCGUAUUUCCUUCCAUUUUUGUCUUUGUAAUUGUAGCAUAUCUAUAGCUUUAAUUCCAAACCUAUAUUUCUCGAGCCUUUUUGCUUACAGAAAAUGUAAUCGUACA